UUAGAAAUACAUGUAUCAUGCCAGUUUGUGCAGUUCGUCAUUGUGCCAGUCGGUCAGGGAAAAGGAAAUUGGAAAAUGUAAAAUUAUUUAGUUUUCCAAAAGAUGCCAAACUACAAAAACAAUGGAUUGAUGCUUGUCAACGACACGACGGUGAAAUUAAAUUCAGCAAAGCUGGAAUAUGUCAAAUUCAUUUCACGCCAGAUUCCUUCGAAGAUAAAAUGACACAACCUAGAACGGUAAACGUACAACCUCGCAUGAUGCGGAGAUUGAAGAUUGGUUCUGUCCCAACAUUACACUUAGAUGUAUGCAACAAAAAGGGAGCACCAUCGGAUUCUUCCCCUGCAUCAACAUCGGAUGGAUGCAAUAGAACAGAGCGCACGAAAUCCUGUUUCACCGGAAUACCUACUUAUGCAGAAUUACUGACGUGUGCAAAGGAAAAGUUAGCAAGAAAAGCAGAAGCAGAUUUGAGCAGACCUCUCAAGGACAGAUGCAUUCAAGGUUAUCAUUUUCAUGAUGUGGAAAAGCAGGACUUUGCUACAAGCCAAGCCGAAUUCUGUGAUGUUUUUUCAGGUGUUGGCGUAUCGAACUUUCAAGUCGGUGUACAGUCGGAAUCUUGUGACAUAAAUUACGAAGGAAGCAAUGUUUCGAACGUCGAAAUGACGAACGAGGGUGUAACAAGCAGUGGAUUAACAGACACACCUUGCUUGUCUACAAUAGGUGUGGAAACUUGUUCUGGUUCAAGUCAGGUCGAAAAUGUACCGAAAGAGAACGAAGAGCUCAGGCGAUUGACAGAAUUAAAUGAACAACUUGCAAAAGAAAUGUUGGAGCUUCAGGCAGAAAAUAAGAAAAUAAAAGAAGAAAGAGAGAUUCGAGAAAAAAUGGAAAUUGAAAUGCACGUAAACCUGCUUAUGGAAAUUCGCGAAAAAGACGAACAAUUGACAGGAAUGAAGAAAAACGAAGAAAAUCUUUUGAACCAAAUUUUGGGCCUGGAAAGAGAAAAAAAAAGAGCUGAAAAACGAUGCCUGGAUAUGAAAAGGGAUGCUGAAAAUCAUGAAAAGAAUACCGUGAAAAGAAUUCUUGGCAAGGUGUUUACCCCGGGCCAAAUAAAAGUCCUGCUGUCGGAGAACCGAGCGCGGAUUAGGUGGUCUGCAGAAGACAUUUCAUCGGCAUUAGCUUUACGAGCCAAAAGUGGACUAGCAUAUAAAUAUCUACGUGAGGUUAUUCAUAUUCCUCUCCCAUGCGAGACAGUAUUAAGAGAUUGGACCGCGAAUUUUAAAGUUCCUCCCGGUAUUCUACACAGUGUUCUUGGAAUAAUGAAGAGCAAAGGAGAAAAUCAAACAAAAGAAUGGAAGUUAACAACACUAUGUUUAAAUUAAAGAAACUAAUUUAUUGAGAG